UUUCUAAACCAUUUCCCCUGUUUGGAAGGAGAAAAGCAAAAGAAGCCUUCGUUUCAUUAUAAAACUCCCUUCGCCUCCCGAUCCGGCGCCGGCGUUUUCCAUUUUCUCUUUUUCUCUUCCUUAACAAUGGACGCCCGCCGCCGCCGGUCCUCUACCCUCGUCAAGAAACUCCCCUCCGACGAACCACCGGUAAAAUCCAUGGAUAAAAAUCCUCUCAAGGUUAAGAUGGUGGAACGACAACAUGUUCACGAUGAUGCCGUUAAGGCGUCUGAUGUUUUGCCUCUUCCCAUUUACCUCACCAAUGCCGCUUUCUUCACUCUCUUCUUCUCUGUUGUUUACUUUCUUCUUACGCGGUGGCGUGAGAAGAUCCGUUCAUCCACUCCUCUCCAUGUCGUUACGCUUUCCGAAAUGGUCGCCAUUUCUGCGUUUAUCGCUUCCUUCAUUUACCUUCUUGGAUUCUUCGGUAUCGACUUUGUUCAGUCGAUUUUCCGCCCUUCCCAUGAUGUAUGGACCUCUGAGGAUGAUGAGGUCGUAAUGAUUAAGGAAGAUACUCGGAAGGUUCCGUGCGGUGCUGGAAUCGAUUGUUCGAUUCCGAUUUUGGCACCUCCUAUGCCGUCGGUACCAAAAGUCGUUGAUCCGCUCCCUGUUAGCAUCGAUUUGACGGAGGAAGAUGAAGAUAUUGUUAAAUCUGUUGUCGAUGGAACUACGCCGUCGUAUUCGCUCGAAUCGAAGCUUGGCGAUUGUGGACGAGCGGCAGCGAUCCGUCGCGAGGCCUUGCAGAGAGUUACCGGGAAAUCUCUCUCGGGGCUUCCGUUGGAAGGAUUCGACUACGCUUCGAUAUUAGGGCAGUGCUGCGAGAUGCCUAUCGGGUAUGUACAGAUUCCGGUGGGAAUCGCCGGGCCAUUGCUAUUAGACGGCAAGGAAUAUUCUGUACCAAUGGCUACAACCGAAGGUUGUUUGGUUGCGAGUACAAAUAGAGGUUGUAAAGCGAUUAUGAUGUCCGGUGGAGCAAACAGCGUAUUGUUGAGAGAUGCAAUGACAAGAGCGCCGGUUAUGAGAUUCGCUACAGCGAAAAGAGCAGCGGAGUUGAAGUUCUACGUCGAAGAUCCGGCGAAUUUUGAUACAUUAGCCUCCGUCUUCAACAAGUCUAGUAGAUUUGGAAGGUUACAAAGUAUCAAAUGCGCCAUUGCUGGUAAGAAUCUCUACAUGAGAUUCUCUUGCAGUACGGGUGAUGCUAUGGGGAUGAACAUGGUAUCAAAAGGCGUUCAAAAUGUUUUGGACUUUCUCCAGAAUGAUUUCCCUGACAUGGAUGUAAUUGGCAUAUCUGGAAACUACUGUUCAGACAAGAAGCCAGCUGCUGUGAACUGGAUCGAAGGGCGUGGUAAAUCAGUGGUUUGUGAGGUUACAGUCAAAGGCGAUGUGGUGAGGAAGGUUCUCAAAACCGAUGUCCAAGCUUUAGUUGAGCUUAACAUGCUCAAGAAUCUAACUGGUUCUGCCAUGGCUGGAGCUCUUGGUGGUUUCAACGCUCACGCGAGUAACAUAGUCUCAGCCAUCUAUAUAGCAACAGGGCAAGAUCCAGCACAAAACGUGGAGAGUUCACACUGUAUUACAAUGAUGGAAGCUGUGAAUGAUGGGCAAGAUCUUCAUGUCUCCGUCACCAUGCCUUCCAUAGAGGUGGGUACAGUUGGAGGAGGGACCCAGCUUGCUUCUCAAUCUGCUUGUUUGAAUUUACUUGGAGUUAAAGGGGCAAACAGAGAAGCUCCUGGAUCUAACUCAAGGCUGCUAGCCACCAUUGUAGCUGCUUCAGUUCUUGCAGGAGAGCUAUCUCUAAUGUCUGCUAUUUCAGCAGGACAUCUUGUGAGGAGUCAUAUGAAAUACAAUAGAUCCAGUAGAGAUGUCACUAAAGCUUCCUCCUCUUAAGAAAAAAAGAAAAAAGAAAAAAAAAAUCCCCCAUCAUCAUCAUAAUCGAUCUUCAUCUUCUUCUUCUUCUUGUUGUUCAUGAAGAUGAAAAUUUGCACAAAAGCAGCAGGCGGUGACUUUUGAAUCAAUGGAUUUUGAACAUAAAACACAACUCUCCCACAUGUAACUUUGGGAAUGACCAUAAAAACCCAGUCAACCAUAGAACAAAAAAAGGUUCAAACCCUUUGUGUAUUUUUAGUUUUUUUUUUUUUUUUUUUAAUCUUUCUCUGAAUUAUAUAUAUAUAUAUAGCUUUUGUUUUUCUUGAUGAUCUUCUUCUUCAAUUCAAAAGUUCAACAAACCUCAUGUAACUGAAAUUAUGUAAUUGUGUGAUGUGAUGACGAAGUUUUUUCUUCUU